AUGCAGGGGGACAAUAAGGUUAUAGAAACAGUGAGUUUUCUGUCGGAUGAGAUGGAAAAUUUUGUGUCAUCUGGUGAGGUACCCAGAAGUUUAAAACAGCUCAAUAAGAUCGCUCAGUGCAGUGAAUUUAAUCAAAUCCUAAUGGGGGUUUCAUCUGCUAUGGCUGCAGGCAUUUUCGACGGUUUCAAUGCAGCUAACCCUAAAACCGAUGUUGCGAAGAAGGUAGUUGACAAGCUUUUAACGGCGACUGGAAUAGGUUUUAUUUCUGUUCUUGUCAGAAGUUUCGCCAGGAAUUUGGUUUUAUCACUGUUUGAAAACAUGCAAACCCUACAAACGCUGAUCGAAAAUAUUCUCAACAAUUCUAGAAGCGGUUUCGUUGCUGAAUGUGUUGAGGGCUUUGUGGGCACUGCCAUGGCAGUUUAUCUGGACAAGACUGUGGACAUUAAUGUGUAUGAAGAGAUCUUUCAGAGGCGAAACAAGGCAAGGAGAACGAUAUAG